AGCAAAGCGAAGCACGACGCGAGUCAACGACUGUUCUGCAGAUAAGCCAUUGGAGGAGACUAGCGGACUUUUUACGAUUUCGUACUCCAACCAAAAACAAUUAAGAAGCAGCUCUCUCGUCCGCGGUCGAAAGGGGAAGAAGGGCAAAAAUGGACUUCAUUCAAACCGUAUCUGCCCCAGAUUUCCACCCAACCCCUCAAAAUCCGGGCGAGCUCUCGACUCCUUCCGUACCAUAUUCCAGCCAAAGGUAUGAAGUGGAUUCCGAAAGAAAAACCCAGAAAGCUGGCCGAGAGAAAUUGAGGAGGGAUCGACUAAACGAGCAGUUUGUGGAGUUGGGAAAUGUUGUAGAUCCUAGCAGGCCAAAAAAUGAUAAAUCAACCAUUCUAGUUGAUACAAUUCAAUUGCUGAAGGACCUUGCAUCUCAAAUCAACAAACUCAAAGCGGAGUGUUCUACACUAACUGAAGAAUCCCAUGAGUUGAUGCAGGAGAAAAAUGAUCUUAGAGAAGAAAAGGCAUCUCUUAAAUCUGAUAUUGAGAACCUUAAUGUCCAAUGUCAGCAGAGACUCGGGGCCAUGUUCCCAUGGGCUGCAAUUGAUCACUCUGUUGUCAUGGGCCCACCAUCUUAUCAAUUUCCAGUACCGAUGCCGAUGCCUCCGGGGCCAAUUCCAAUGCAUCCGUCUAUGCAGCCUUACCCCUUCUUUGGAAAUCAGAAUCCUGGGCUCAUUCCAAACCCCUGUUCAACUUUUGUUCCAUAUGUAACUCCAAAUACCUCGGUCGAACAGUCUGCCUGGCAUGCAUCUCCACGUAACCGAUCCCCCAUCUUGAACAAACAAGAUUCAAGAUGCAAGUCAUCUGGGAAGAGCAAGACUGGGGAAAGUGAGGAUUCUGAUAAUGUUACUACAGACCUAGAGUUGAAGACUCCAGGAUCUACUGAAGAUCAGGAUUUGUCACCAGAACCAAAAAAUUCUAGGAAGCGUCGGAGGGAGGAAAACAGUGUAACUGAAGGGAGUUCUUCAAGUAGGUCUUCUUCCUCGGUACAGGAUAGCUCUUCCAAUAUCGUGGUUGGUGGAAUAGCUGAUGAAUGAAAACUGGUAAAGACUAAACAAGAACAAGAAAAGAGAACUAGGUUUUAUUCCAUUUCUUCAUGUACACCAUCAAUGUCCUUGUAUUAUUUAUUGUGUAGUUUUUUCUGAUUAACUUUUAUUACUUAUCAAAAAAAUUUAUUGUGUAGUUUUCUGCUA